CGCACCGCGGGGAGACAGACGGACCGCAGCACCCCCUCUCCUUCCUCCUUCCCUUCCUUCACCUCCCUCUCCCCCCUCCUCCUCCCACCAUCCAUCUAUCUAUCCAUCAUCCCCCCCGCCAACCCCUCCCAAUGCUGAAGAGUUUCAACCCGGCGGGGCUGGAGUGAAGAAGGGAAGGGCGGAAGGGAGGAGAGGAGCUCCGCGCAAUUCACAGCUGCUUCGGGGAGGGGGGGGCGGCCUCGCUGUUAUUUAACAGAGAAGAAGAAAAGGAGAAAAAAAAAAGGAAGAGACGGGAAAAUGGCGAACGACUCUCCUGCAAAAAGUCUGGUGGAUAUCGACCUUUCCUCCCUGCGGGACCCCGCUGGGAUUUUUGAGCUGGUGGAAGUGGUUGGCAAUGGCACGUACGGGCAAGUCUACAAGGGUCGGCAUGUCAAAACGGGUCAGCUGGCAGCCAUCAAAGUCAUGGACGUUACUGAGGACGAAGAAGAAGAAAUUAAACUGGAGAUUAAUAUGCUAAAGAAAUAUUCUCAUCAUAGAAAUAUUGCAACUUAUUAUGGUGCUUUCAUUAAGAAAAGUCCUCCAGGACAUGACGACCAACUGUGGCUUGUUAUGGAGUUUUGUGGAGCAGGCUCUAUCACAGACCUUGUGAAGAACACGAAAGGCAAUACUCUGAAAGAAGACUGGAUAGCAUAUAUCUCCAGAGAGAUUCUCCGGGGGUUGGCACAUCUUCAUGCCCAUCAUGUGAUUCACAGGGAUAUCAAAGGGCAAAAUGUGUUGUUAACAGAGAACGCAGAAGUGAAACUCGUGGAUUUUGGUGUGAGUGCUCAGCUGGACAGGACAGUUGGCAGGAGAAACACUUUUAUUGGAACUCCAUACUGGAUGGCUCCAGAAGUUAUUGCCUGUGAUGAAAAUCCAGAUGCUACGUAUGAUUACAGAAGUGACCUUUGGUCGUGCGGCAUUACAGCCAUAGAGAUGGCAGAAGGAGCUCCCCCGCUUUGUGACAUGCAUCCCAUGAGGGCACUCUUUCUGAUACCCAGGAACCCUCCCCCACGGUUAAAAUCCAAGAAAUGGUCAAAAAAGUUUUUCAGCUUUAUAGAAGGUUGUCUAGUGAAGAAUUACAUGCAGCGACCUUCUACAGAACAACUCUUGAAACAUCCCUUUAUACGUGACCAACCAAAUGAAAGGCAAGUCCGAAUCCAGCUUAAGGACCAUAUAGACAGGACCAGGAAGAAGAGAGGAGAGAAAGAUGAGACGGAGUAUGAAUAUAGUGGAAGUGAGGAAGAAGAGGAGGAAGUGCCUGAACAAGAAGGAGAGCCAAGUUCCAUUGUCAAUGUGCCUGGAGAAUCAACCCUCCGACGUGAUUUCCUGAGACUACAGCAGGAAAACAAGGAACGGUCCGAGGCCCUUCGGAGACAGCAGCUGCUGCAGGAGCAGCAGCUCCGCGAGCAGGAGGAGUACAAAAGGCAGCUGCUGGCAGAGAGGCAGAAGCGCAUCGAGCAGCAGAAGGAGCAAAGGAGGCGGCUAGAAGAGCAACAAAGAAGAGAACGGGAAGCUCGAAGGCAACAAGAGCGUGAGCAAAGACGGAGAGAACAGGAAGAAAAAAGACGUCUGGAAGAAAUGGAGAGGAGGCGUAAGGAAGAGGAAGAGAGAAGAAGAGCAGAGGAGGAAAAGAGGAGGGUAGAAAGGGAGCAGGAGUAUAUCAGGCGACAGCUAGAAGAGGAGCAGCGGCACUUGGAAAUUCUACAGCAGCAGCUGCUCCAGGAGCAGGCCAUGUUACUGGAAUACAGAUGGCGAGAGAUGGAGGAACACCGACAGGCAGAGCGACUCCAGCGCCAGUUGCAGCAGGAGCAAGCCUACCUCCUGUCGCUGCAGCAUGAUCACAGGCGGCAGCAGCAGCAGCAACAGCAGCAGCAGCAGCAGCAGCAAGAAAGAAAUAAACAAAGCUAUCAUACCCCUGAGCCAAAAUCCCACUAUGAGCCUGCUGAAAGAGCGCGUGAGGUGGAGGAGAGAUUUAGAAAAACUAAUCAGGGCUCCCCUGAAGCACAGUCUAAGCAGAUGGGCAAAGUGUUGGAGCCACCAGUGCCUUCAAGAUCAGAGUCCUUUUCCAAUGGAAACUCAGAACCUGCUCAGCCUGCUCUGCAGAGGCCGAUGGAGCCCCAGGUACAGUGGUCCCAUCUGGCAUCUCUCAAGAACAAUGUUUCCCCUGUCUCGCGAUCCCAUUCCUUCAGUGACCCUUCUCCCAAAUUUGCUCAUCACCAUCUUCGUUCCCAGGACCCAUAUCCACCUUCACGCAGUGAAGUGCUAAAUCAGAGUUCUGACUCUAAGUCGGAGGUACCCGACCCCACCCAAAAGGCUUGGGCUAGAUCAGACAGUGACGAGGUGCCUCCAAGGGUACCUGUGAGAACAACGUCCCGAUCACCAGUCCUGUCCCGCCGUGAUUCUCCACUACAGGGUAGUGGGCAGCAAAAUAACCAAGCAGGUCAAAGAAACUCCACGAGCAAUAUAGAGCCUCGUCUGCUGUGGGAAAGGGUGGAGAAGCUUGUACCAAGACCAGGCAGUGGCAGUUCUUCAGGUUCAAGCAACUCCGGCUCACAGCCUGGCUCCCACCCCGGCUCUCAGAGCGGGUCUGGAGAGCGGUUCCGGAUGAGAUCGUCAUCCAAAUCAGAGGGUUCGCCAUCGCAGCGUCAUGAAAGUGCACCUAAAAAGCCUGAAGAGAAAAAGGAGGUCUUCAGACCUAUCAAGCCUGCUGGAGAAGUGGAUUUAACUGCAUUGGCAAAGGAAUUGCGAGCAGUAGAGGAUGUGCGACCUCCACAUAAAGUGACAGAUUAUUCAUCCUCAAGUGAGGAUUCGGGGACGACGGAUGAGGAAGACGAUGACAUGGAACAAGAAGGAGCAGAUGAAUCUACUUCUGGACCAGAUGAUGUCCGAGCAGUGUCAACGUUGAACUUGAGCAACGGUGAAACAGAAUCAGUGAAAACCAUGAUCGUUCAUGACGACGUGGAGAGUGAACCUGCCUUGACUCCUUCUAAGGAGGGCACCUUAAUUGUCCGACAGAGUACAGUUGACAAAAAGCGUGCCAGCCAUCAUGAGAGCAAUGGCUUUGCCGGUCGCAUUCACCUCUUGCCAGAUCUCUUACAGCAAAGCCAUUCCUCCUCCACUUCCUCCACCUCCUCCUCCCCAUCCUCCAGCCAGCCGACACCCACCAUGUCCCCACAGACACCCCAGGACAAGCUAACUACUAAUGAGACUCAGUCCGCUAGUAACACACUCCAGAAACACAAAUCUUCCUCCUCCUUUACACCUUUUAUAGACCCCAGAUUACUACAGAUUUCUCCAUCUAGUGGGACAACUGUGACUUCUGUGGUAGGAUUUUCUAGUGAAGCAAUGAGAUCAGAGGCAAUAAGGCAAGACCCUACGCGGAAAGGAUCAGUUGUCAAUGUGAAUCCCACAAAUACGCGGCCACAGAGUGAUACCCCAGAGAUUCGCAAAUACAAGAAGAGAUUCAAUUCUGAGAUACUGUGUGCUGCCUUAUGGGGAGUGAACUUGUUAGUAGGCACUGAAAGUGGUCUGAUGCUGCUAGACAGAAGUGGUCAGGGGAAGGUUUAUCCGCUCAUCAAUCGAAGACGAUUCCAGCAAAUGGAUGUACUUGAAGGGCUGAAUGUCUUGGUGACAAUUUCUGGUAAGAAGAACAAGUUGCGAGUUUACUAUUUGUCCUGGUUACGAAAUAAAAUCCUUCACAACGACCCUGAAGUAGAAAAGAAACAGGGCUGGACAACAGUGGGAGAUUUGGAAGGCUGUGUGCACUAUAAAGUUGUAAAAUAUGAAAGAAUCAAGUUCUUGGUAAUUGCUUUGAAGAGUUCUGUGGAAGUCUAUGCAUGGGCACCAAAGCCAUACCAUAAAUUUAUGGCCUUUAAGUCGUUUGGAGAAUUGGUACAUAAGCCAUUGCUGGUGGAUCUAACCGUAGAAGAGGGUCAGAGACUAAAAGUGAUCUAUGGUUCCUGCGCUGGCUUCCAUGCCGUUGAUGUGGAUUCAGGAUCGGUCUAUGAUAUUUAUUUACCAACACAUAUCCAGAGCAGUAUCCAACCUCACGCAAUCAUUAUUCUCCCAAACACGGAUGGGAUGGAGCUACUGGUCUGCUACGAGGAUGAAGGAGUUUACGUCAACACAUACGGAAGGAUCACCAAGGAUGUGGUUCUGCAGUGGGGAGAAAUGCCAACUUCAGUUGCGUACAUCCGAUCCAACCAGAUUAUGGGCUGGGGAGAAAAAGCUAUUGAAAUACGAUCGGUGGAAACUGGACACUUGGAUGGUGUGUUCAUGCACAAAAGGGCACAAAGACUCAAGUUCUUAUGUGAACGCAAUGACAAGGUUUUCUUUGCCUCUGUACGGUCGGGUGGAAGCAGUCAAGUCUAUUUCAUGACCCUUGGCAGGACUUCUCUUCUGAGCUGGUAGAAGCAGUGGGAUUUGGCGAGGAAUUGCUGGCAUCCAGAGUCUGAGAUCUUCGUAACUCGGAAUUAUUUUCAACUGGAGUACAGACCUGCACUAAUGCAGCACGCUGUGUAAAUGUGUGUGCAGGCAUCACUGGUGUUAGGUUUCUUUUUGUUUUUCAACUGAGGCUGCGAUGCAGCUGGUGCUGUAAAGAUACUGCCAUCAGGUGCUACAAUGUCUUUGAGAUUUGGGAUCACGCUAGAAAGCUACAGGUCGUCUUUUCCCUUCAGCUCCAGGAUUCCUAGGCUUUGAAGGACUCUGUUUGUUAGUGUUAAAAUGGAGAGGGGGGAAAAAAAGGAAAAAAAACCAGACUUACCACGAACAUGCUGUUGAAUGGACAGGAGGCAGGCAAGAGAAGGUGAGAAGUGGUGUAGAGAGUCAGACUGGCUGAAAGAGGGCAGAUCUAGUCUAGUAAUGUUAACAAUGUAUUUAAUUGACAUUUCUUUUUUUGUAAUGUGACAAUAUGUGGACAAAGAGGAAGGUGGAGGUUUUAAGAAGUUAAUAUUUAUAAAAUGUGAAAGACACAGUGACUAGGAUAACAAC